AUGUCGAACGAGUUAUCUCCACUCGGUAUAGCUUUCUCAGGUGCAUUAGGCGCUGUAGUUAGUAAUGGACUUGUUUAUCCACUUGAUACUUUCAAAACUCGCAUUCAAGCUAGAGACGCAAAUAACAAAGAAGAUUCAGAGGAUAACGAAGAUGAAGAAGACUCCGAGCUAUCUAAUGAACUGCAACUUAUACCGAAAGACAGUCUUAUAAAGGGUGUAAUCGAUAUCUUCAGGAAGGAAGGUAUUGCAGCCGCAUAUGGUGGAUUUGGUGCUAGUAUGAUUAAUACAUUCUCUCAGCAAUUCGCAUACUUCUAUUGGUAUGGAGCAGUCAGAACUGCUUGGAUUAAAUCUACUACAAAGAACGGACAACCUGUUUUAUUGUCAACUGCCUCGGAGUUGCUCAUUGGUGCACUAGCCGGCGAUUUAGCUCAAAUAUUCACAAUUCCCGUUAAUGUUAUAGCUACAAGACAACAAUUAGGUAAACAAGAUAGUUCAUCUGACCAAGAUAGCGAUUUCGUCUCAGUUGGUAGACAAAUUAUUAAAGAAGAUGGUAUAACAGGUUUAUGGAGAGGUCUUAAACCAUCUUUGGUUCUCUCAGUAAAUCCUGCAAUUACAUAUGGCGCAUAUGAGAAAUUAAAAUCAGCUGUAAUUGGAGGAUAUAUACCACUCCUUUCAUCAUUGAGUAAUGAAGGGAGAAUGUCACCAUGGGGUAACUUCAUACUCGGUGCUUUGUCGAAGACUGCAGCAACUGUCGCAACUUAUCCAUACAUAAUGGCAAAAGUUAGAGUAAUGGCUGGUGACUCUGUUAAUGAGGAUAAAACCAUAAGAUCAGAGCAAGACAAGAAAACUUUGAAGAAAAACGCCGGUGCACUUAAACUUCUAUUACAAAUCUACAAGAAGAAAGGUAUGAUUGGGUGGUAUAAGGGGAUGCAUGCACAAAUUGUCAAAGCCGUCCUUCAACAAGCACUUUUGUUUGUUUUGAGAGAUAUCUUUGAGAAAUAUACCUUAAUGGGUGUACUCAUUUUACGUGGUUUACAAUCAUCAUAA